GUACUUCGAAAGUGCGCGCACAUUUAUUAUUUAGGCUGCAUUCCGAUAUUCACUGUCAGUACUGCAAAUCUAUAUUUUACGUCACGUAUACUAUAGUUACUGAAAGUUGCUGACAGCUGACAUAGUGAAUUUCGGAAUGCAGCCAAAACUCGGAGCCGGCUUUGCACGCGGUCGUGCCCGCAACAGCAACGUUAUCGUCAUAUGAUUUAUAGGCUAAAUAAUAAAUAAAACAAGCUGCGGGAUGAUCAGGAAUAAUCUAUGGAGACUGGGUCUCCUCGUCAGGCGAUGCCAAUAUUGUCGUUCUUCGCUGAGAGCGACGUCGAAAUGCUCCGCGAGGCUUGCCGAGCGAUCUGUCUCGAGUCAAGUUAGUGCGCGAUUCGUCAGGAAUACAAGUCGAUGGUGGCGGCUCGGCGUCCCAACUGGAGUCGGCUUCUCGCUGCUCGCAGCAACGCAAUGGAACUACCUGCACAAGCACGGGUAUCCCGUUGACGUGGACGACAGGCCGGAACUGCUGAAUGACGUUAUAGCGACGUGCUACUGUUGCCUGCCGUUGAGGACGACCAGCAGGAUAUGGGGCUGGCUGACGAGCAUCGAGCUGCCGGUCGGCCUGAGGCCGACGCUCUACGGGUUCUACGCGAACAUCUUUCACGCCGACCUGGACGAGGUGGAGCUGGAUCUGUCCGCGUUUCCGAAUCUGGUGGAAUUUUUUGUCAGAAAGCUCAAACAAAAUGCAAGACCAAUCGCUCAGAAUGCAAAUAUGACUUCUCCUGCGGACGGUAAAGUGCUUUAUUUUGGACCGGUGACUUCCUGCCGCGUGGAGCAAGUAAAAGGAGCGACGUACGAUCUCAGGCAGUUCCUGGGCGACCCGAACGGUUUCACGUUGAACCAAAUCGCAAAAGAAACGAUGCAGAAGGACGAUUACGUUAAUUCCCUACUGAAGAAUCCAGAUAAUAGACUGUAUCAAUUGAUCGUUUACUUGGCACCGGGUGAUUAUCAUCGAUUUCACAGUCCUACCGAUUGGAAUAUAAAAUUCCGACGGCACUUUCCAGGAAAGUUGCUGAGCGUCAAUCCGAAGGUGCUGAAAUACCUGCCCAACUUGUUCUCGUUGAACGAACGCGUUGUGUACGUCGGGGAAUGGGCGGGCGGCUUCAUGGCUUACGCGGCGGUCGGGGCAACGAACGUGGGCUCCAUACGCGUCUACUGCGACCGAGAAUUGGCGACCAAUACGGUACACUGGCCGGAAACCGUGCAUUGGAAGGAAGCGUGUUUAGGUUGCGCGCGUGUCGCCAAAGGCGAGCUGUUCGGCGAAUUCAGACUCGGAUCAACGAUCGUGCUUCUGUUCGAGGCGCCGCGAGACUUUCAAUUCUGCCUGCAGAUCGGUCAGACCAUUAAGGUCGGGCAGGCAUUGAGCGCGCUUUCCGUCGUCGACGAGUCUGACGAAAAACAGAUCAAACGACAGCAUCUGAUCAUGAACGUAGCGCAGGAUUGGAGAGAUAUAUGGAAGCCUAGAGUAUAAGAAACAGUACAAUUAAGUAGGAAUUAUUCUAAUUUUACUGGAGACUGUAAAGAGACGUUUUUUGACACUUUGCACACUCUCGCGUCUUUGAGGUCGAAACGUAGGCGCAAUAAAGAGAACACUAGAGUUACGAGAACUCUAGAGACACAGUUUUCUCGAGUGAGUAUCGAUCCUGUGAUUGCUUCUGUACGUAGCCGUGUUCGUGCGCGAGAAAAAUCGUCAUUUCAUGCGGGUCUAUCGGAGAUUACAUGUAAAUACAUCUCCCUGCUAAUUACGCUCGUUCGUUACUUUAAUUGCGUGAUACUGUGAUAUCACGCGAAAGAUUGGUUUAUAGUAGAUCUGACACAGUUGAUUUAUUGCUGCGACCGGGUACGCAGACGUGUCUUGCCUGUAUGUGGGGACUGGGACUUUUAUGCGAUUACGACGAAAAACUAUUGAGGGAGCCCCUUAAUGUAAGGAAACAUAUUUCUCUUUCUCCCUUGUGCGUCACCACCGAUAGAGGUCGGAUCGUAAACUGUUUUAGUUGCAUGCCAAAUCGAUCUUUGUUUGCAGUUAAGUCGGCCGGUCAAGGCCGCUAGGUGAAACACUUUCCUCAAUUAAAGCUCUAACUUCUUUUUUAAACCAGAAAAGGUUUACACACAGGCAUGUCGCGUAUCUUGAAUCUCCGCGCGUAUAUGAAGCACUGUGGUCUUGCUGACCCGGUUAUAUUUUUAUAGCAGUAUUUUUACCAGUAUUAAUGUUACUUCUGGAAAAUAUUCGAAUUCAAUCAUUGUACAUCCCUUGCCUCGGCUUGUUCCAGCGCGCGCGAACAUGACUCCGCACUUUCGGCCAGAAUUAAUUAUAAUACGAAUGCUUAUAAUCGCGCGGAUAUAUUUUAUGACGUAUCUAUUUUAUGAUAUAUAAAUAAUAAAAAGACCAAUUAUGGAGAGUACCACAUA